UUCAUCGCACAUUUAGGCGCUAGAUGAUGGUUUAAACCCAUUUUUUGCGAAUAUUGUGAGACCUACAGUGUCAGAAAUGUCGUCGGGUAGAAGUACGCAAAGUCCUGUAAUCGGCAGACAACAGAAAGAAGAAAGUGGGAGCGAAAACGAAGGCAGAAAAAGCGAUGGAGAGUCAAGUUACUGUAGCUCCAAUGAUUUGGAGCCCGAAUGGCUUGAUGACAUCCAGAAGAACGGAGAGCUUUUCUACCUUGAGCUGAGCGAAGGAGAAGAAGAUUUAGCAUUGACCCGGGCCAACGCUCAUCAACAAGUGUCCACUAACCAUGUCCGAUUCAGUGAAAAGGAAGCUGAAAUUCUCACGGAGCAACACAAAAAACAACACAGCAAUUCUCGAGCUAAAGGAACUGCCACGCUUAAAAGACUGGCUAAAAUACUGAGGAGAAAACGCAGAUCCACACUUAGAAAAGGCAAAGAUGUACCAGCUUCUAUUCUGAAGAACCAGUCUGGACAGCGGCAUGGAGGGACUGUCCAGAAGCAGCUUAAAGAAGUUUGUGUUUAUCUCAAUCCAAAACGCCUCUCUGCUUUGUCAGUACCCCUCUUUGAAGAUGGGGGGCUGUUGGAGGCGUUGUUGGGGGUCAUCCAUCGCCCGUCCUGGGACUCUGACGGCAUGAGACGAGAGGACAGGCUAACGAUUCAUGGGCUGGUCCCAAACACUCCUGCAGCCAAGUGUGGAGAUAUCCUGAUAGGAGAUGUGCUUGUUGCCAUGGAUGAUGUCGAUGUGAACUCUGAAAACAUUGAGAGAGUUUUGUCCUGCAUUCCGGGACCCACACAGGUGAGGUUGACCCUGGAGACCUUGGUUCCUGUGGACAAUGCUGGAGCUGAUGAUGCUUUUGAGGCCCGUAGGAUGAAGUCAUCUCCCCCUGUCAGUCAGCUGGUGCGUCUGCUGUGGGGAGAGGACACGGCAGAGUUACAGAUGUCCAUUGAACACAUCCCUCACAUUGUCAUGUACCUGUCACUCAAACUGGACUCUGCUUCUCCACAGGACGAGGAGGAGAUUUUGUACCAGUACCCAGUGUCUGAAGCAUCCCGUCAACUCAAAGGAGUCAGAGGAAUUUUUUUGACUCUGUGUGAUAUGUUGGAGAAUGUCACAGGAGGACAAAUACUCAGUUCGUCUCUGCUCCUCGGUAAACAUCUGGUGCAUGUAGGCUACUGGAAGGAGAACAACAACCUGCUGGUGAUUGGGCUGCCUGCUGAGAGGGUUCCUCUUCUGUACCUGCAGACAGUGAUGGGAGAUGUUGUGAGGACUCUAAAAGUGAUGUACAGCUCUUUGGACAGUGCAUUCCUUGAAGCAGACCAUACUCCUCGCCUGGACCACUUUUUCUGCCUGUUCUUCCAGCAGCUCAUCCAGCCAUCCCGUCUCAGAGAGGGGCAUCCUGUGCCCCCUAUGGACACCUCUGGGACACUGUUUUUGGACGGACUCCCUGCUGUACGAUGGCUCACUUUGCCACCUGAAAUUAAGAUGGAGGUGGACACUGUUCUCUCUGACUUUGAAUCCUCUGACUUUGGAGAAAUGUCUGAAGACUAUUUUGGUUUGAGGAGGAUGUACGUAAUCCUUGGCUCCUGUUUGUUUUAUAAGUCCUAUCUGAUUGCUAAUCACUUGCCUAAAGAGGACCUUCUUGAUGUGAGCCUGUACUGUCAGCACUAUCUCCUGCUGCCCCUGUCCUGGGAGCAGAGAGUGGGCCAGCUGGUGGUGUGGAGGGAGGUGUUUCCACAGCAGAGAGCCACAGCUGCACCUGGAUUCAACACACCACAGGGACGAUACUUUCUACUCAUCGUGGGACUGAGACACUUUAUGCAGUGUGUGCUGUUGGAGGCCGGGGGCUGUGCUUCCCCUGCUGUGGGCUGUCCAGGACCUGACUCUAUUUAUGUUGACCAGGUGAAGGCGACUCUGCUGCAGUUGGAGGAGUUGGAGGGGGGCAUUGAGGAGCGACUCAGUGCUCCUCCAGCUCCAUGUCUGUCUUGUGCAGACUGGUUCCUCCCCUCUUCCUCCUCCUCCUCUUCCUCCUCAGCCCGAGAACGCCUCGACAGCCUGGCCUCUUCCUCCCCUGUCCUCAGCAAACUUGUCAAAAGCUCCUCCUCUCCGGGAUACAGGGGUCGUAGUCUUUUUGGGGAGAGGUCCCGGAGGCCUAGCCCACAGAGGAGCCUCUCAGACAGUGGGAGCGAGGGCCCAGAGGGGGGUGUGGGCUUAGGGACCUCCAGGACACGGGGGUUCAGUCCACAUUCCAGCCAAGACUCAGGUAGGCGAAUCGGGGCAAGACGUGAUUCACUGGGGUCUGGAGGGUCUGAAGGCAGUGGAGGAAGCGGAGGACUGUUUAAGAGUCCCAGGAAGCACCCAAACCCGUUUCACCUCGGCACUUUGAAGAAAACUCUGACAGAGCGAGAGACAGAUGACAUGUACAACAUGAAGCUGAGCAGUGGUCCCGAUAACACUCUCUUUCACUUCCUGCUGAUGGAUAGUGUUCGGGGGGUGUUCAUUGCACCCUCUCACAGAGACGUGUCCCUCCUCAGCGGCUCCAUUCACCCGCAACUCAUCACAAACUUCCACCACUGCUGCCUGUCCAUCCGUCACGCCUUCAGACAGAGCCUUCCAGCAAAGGGCAGACGGGGGUCCGGCAGGCCUCAGAGUGGUGGGUGGGGCCUGGGUCCAGUGAAGGAACAUGGGGUUCUGUUCCAGUGUACACCCCCAAACUGGACCGACCAAAAGAAGCCCCCGCCCACAAUGACAUACUGGGUCAUAGGGAGGAUGCUGCUGGAGCCGAUUCCUCAGGAGUUUUAUGUUUGUUUUCAUGACUCUGUCCCUGAGGUCCCAGUGGAGAUGGCCUUUAGACUCUCAUUUGGACUAAACUUGUGAGAGUAACAACUUAGAUAAGGCAAACUACAUUCAAGAAACACUCAGGAAAAUACUAAAGACUUAUGUGGUGGAAAGGGCUGGGACUUUUACUAGUUAUUCUGAUACUAAUGGUGCAAUGUGGUGCUCCUUGUAAACUAAACUGAGAUGAUCAAGGUUGUUUAAAAACUUAAUGGAGCUGUUCCUGAUUUUGGUCUUAAAACGUGAAAAAAACGCAGUCUGCAGUAGUCCAAGUUAUUCCGUACUUGCCCUAUUUUGAGCAUCUUAAUUAUUCGCCAUGAUAAGUUUAAAAGUGCUUUUUCACAACUUUCAGACUCCAGGGUGGAGUUUUGCAAUCAUGGUGAAGCUAACAAUGAUAAGUAUGACUAGCAUGAUAACUUGCACUUCCUAAAUAAAAAGGUUUAUAAUUAAAUGCAGAUAGCACGCAGCAAACAUAUUUAUACAAUACAUUUGUACUGGGGCAAUUUUGCUCAAAUACAUGAGAAAAAAUUAGGCACAGGACCUUUAAAUCUAGUACUGUACUAUAGAAUAGGAGAUAAUACAAGCUGUAGAUAAACUAGUGUUAUUUAUUUAUAUGUGUAGUUUAUUACACAUUGGCAUA